AUGCCAGAGCACUUUGGCUGGUUAAACCAAGACCAGAGCAUCCUCCUUGGUAGUGGGUGGGUUGAGGUAGAAGAGCGGACCGAGAACCCUCAUCAUUGGACUGCGUCAGGAGGAAGUGGCUUCACUCCUCCCUCCGAGGAACCGGGAAGAAGGAUAUAUAGCGGAAAGCCCAUCACAUACGUCUCAGAGAAACUUAGAACACUAAGUGCACCUUGCUACGUGGUGUUGGAACAAGAAACAGAAGGAACAAGGAAGCCUGACUCAGGAACGCUCCAGCUUCCUGGAAGAUUCAUCCCAGCUAACCCACCCACCCCAAACCAGGUGAGCUGCCACCACGUCCCACCCCUCCUCUCCCUCCCAGUCUCCAUGAACUUGGCAAGAGCCGGGCACCUUCUCUCCACUCCGCAGCUCAGUCCCCCAAGCUCCGACCGGGAUGAGGUUGAAAUCGAUGUGCUGGCAGAGGGGGAAGAUGGAGACCAGGCGGAGGACGACGAGGAGAAGGCAGAGAGGAACCAGAAGCGCCUGGACGCCGCCCCUCCCGGGAGCCUCCCGCGCGCGCCGCUGCAUCCUCAUCCCCAAAGCUACCUGCUGCUUGCCGCCCCCGCCUAUGCCGAAGCGCCUAGAAAAGCCGAAGAUGCGGACCCGGCCACGUCCCGCGCCAUCCCCGCGCUGCAACCCGCGCUGGGCUUCCAGCCUUGGGACCGGGACGAGGGCUCGGGAUCUCCGCCCGGACGCGGCUCGUUCACCAUCGAGAGUAUCAUGCAGGGCGUUACUGGGGCUGCACAGAGUCCGCCCUCCGCUCCGUGGAGCUACUGCCACCUGCUGCAGCAUCCGUCGUGCCCGCUGCACCCUCAGGUCGUUCCCCCACUGCUGCAAGUGUCUGCCACUGCCCUGACAGUCUUUCAGCAGCAGCAGCAGCCUCAGCAGGAGCAGCAGCACUGUGCCAGGAGCUGCGCCCCGGGUAAAGGCGCGCGGCUGGGCCGGCACCUAACGGCCGUUGCAGCGUUGCUGAGACAUCAGCCUGCCAGUGAGGAAUGCAGACUGACAACUCUGGCUGCUCUUUCGGGCAGAGAGGAGACCUUGCCUGCUUUUUAAACAACAUGCUCGCCCCAGGCUCCGGGCUGAUUCACCCUGACACACCUGGAGCCAAGUGGCAGGGUGGGACCACUCGCUGUCUAGGUUUGCACCACCCGCCUGCUAGGCUUGUGCGUGGAAAACCAGCAGCGGAGCAUGCAGCAAGUCCCGCCAAACCGUUACUACUGUGUUCUGCUCCCUUGAUGACCGAACUCAGGGAAAUCUAGGGGCUUGAAGUCUCGCCUUUUCUUGUCCGCUUCAGUGUGACUUCUGCAGCUUUUCCGAUUUGCAUACAUACUUCCCAGGAACCUAUGAACGAAGAACGUGAGCGAGAUGUUUGGUUGUUAAUAAACAGAACAGCUGGCAACACAAAAACACCCCCAAACUUCAUUCCCUAGGGACUGCAAGUGUUCCCCAGUCAAGUGCAGAAUGCAUAUAUGCCCUGAUUCCCAAA